UAGGUUAUGUGAGGGUUGCACCUCUUCUUCAGCAGGAGUGACUCAUGAUGUAUUGCUGCUAUAGGUUGAGAGAAGGUGAAAGUAAAAAGCUGUUGCUGCGCGUGGUGGGGGUGUACAUGCAAAUACAUGUUAGAAAGAGGAACUACUGACUGAAAAAGACAGAACUGCUGCGGAUGUUUACCAUACUGAUUUGCGGAUUCUGAUAAGUAUUAGUCGCAGUAAAUCAGAUUCAAAGUGAGUUAAACGGAUAUUUAGAGACCGAUUGACUGUUUAUUGGUAAAUCAGAGAGAAUUCAGGGAGAUCUUUAAUUAUCAGUUGUGCCUCGGUCACUUUACAAUCUACGUUUUAUGAACCCGUGAUAAACUCACUUCCGGGAGUCUAAAUUACCGUAUAACAGUUAAUCAUUGAUCAAAUUAUGGAGGACAAGAAUUUGGGUGUAGAAAACCUGAGUGAGACAGAGCUAAACAGACUUGGUUACAUGCUAGACAAUCUAGAGUGUGGUUGGAAACAGCUGGCAAAGGCAGUGGCUGAGCAGCCACAAUUCUGCUAUAGUGACAAAGAGCUGACUGACUGCUCAAUCAAAGUACUAAGUCCACAUGGCAGUCCUGGUCGAUACCUGCUUGCCCUCCUCGCAGAUAGACGGUGUUCUUUGGCUUUCCUGCUUCAAUGCCUGAAGAAAAUUGAGCACAGAGAGGCUAUUGGAUUUCUUACCUCACAUGUGAUGGAGCAUAUUAACAUCACACUGCAGCCACAGAGUCAGCGGGUACCAGAGGGAAGUACCGUGGUUUUGAGCUGCAGAGCAGUUGGACCUGUGGAGCUCACCUACCAGUGGUUCAGGGGCAAAGAUGAGAUGCCAGGAGGCAGUGGCCCAGAGCUGGUCCUGAAUCCUGCAAGUCCAUUUCAACAGGGCCAUUACAUCUGCCGUGUAAGUUCUGGGGACAAGUACGUCUUCUCCAACUGGGUCCAUGUACGUCUACUGAGUUCUGGAGGCGCAAGUGCAGGUGCCAGCAGUAGCUACUUCCCUUCUUCAACUAGUGGGUUGUAUAUUACUCAGCAACCCAGGCCUCAAGUGUUGAUGGAGGGAGACACUCUCUAUCUCGAAUGUGUUGCUCAGGCCAACCCACCUCCACAGUUCCAAUGGUUCCUUAACAAACUUCCAAUGCCAAAGUGUACUAGAAGCUUCUUAAAGAUUCCAUGCAUUACCACAGCGGACAGAGGUACAUAUACUUGCAGGGUUUUCAACCUCUAUCAUGAAAUGUGGAGCGAUCAGGUCCAAGUAAACAUAGGUCCUGGUUCUUCUUCUUCUGAUGUCUCAUGGGAAACAACUGAAGUGGUUACUUCUGAUGCAGGUCCAAGGCAAAUGGGUGAUUGUUGCGCCACUGACAAGGUAGCACUGCUUAUGGGGAAUAUGAACUACCUGCAUCACCGGCAGCUGAGAGCUCCCAUGGCAGAUGUGCAUGAGUUGACCAACCUUCUACGCCAGUUGGACUUUAAAGUCGUCUCUCUACUGGACCUCAACUGGCAGGAGAUGCAUAGUGCUGUUACUGAGUUCCUGCUACUGUUGGAUCGAGGCGUUUAUGGGCUGUUGUACUUUGCUGGUCAUGGCUAUGAGAACUAUGGAAACAGUUUCAUGGUACCCAUCGAUGCUCCAGCCUCUUAUACCUUCAAGCACUGUCUCUGGGUGCAGGACGUGUUGCAGCGCAUGCAAGAGCGCCAGACGGGACUUAACGUCUUUCUUUUGGACAUGUGUCGGAAACGAAACCCAAACGAUGAGAGCAUCCCACAACCUGGCCCCUUGAGAGUGACCGCAGACAUAGUGUUUGGCUAUGCAACGUGUGUUGAUGCCGAAGCAUUUGAAGUAAAUAAAGACGAUCUCUCUAAUGGAAUCUUUAUGAGCUUUCUUAAGAAGAGACUGAUGGAGCCAGAGAAGGUCACGGUCCUACUUGACAAAGUAGCAGAAGACAUGGGAAGGUGUAAAAUCACUCGUGGCCGGCAGGCUUUGGAACUUCGUAGUAAUCUCUCAGAGCGUCGUGCCCUGACGGACAGCAUUCAAGCUCCAACGUGCCAAGUCACAGCGUCAACAAGGAACUUACAGUGGGCCAUCGCGCAUGUCAUCCCACAGAGCCGCUGUCUUCAGUUUGAAUGUGGUGUCAAGGUACAGCUCGGUUUCGCUGCAGAGUUCUCCAAUAUCAUGAUAAUCUACACUCGGAUAUUGGAGACUCCUAAAGACAUUUUGUCAUGCUCUGCUCAGCUCUCUGACUUUACAGAGGGCCCCGAAAUAGACCUGAAGCACAGCAAUCAGGAGAGUCUCUGUGAGGCUGGCAGCUUACUACUGAACCUAGAUGAUCUACUGCCUUUGGAAGAACCUCGGCUCUUUACUCGUAUUAGUGCCCUGCAAAGGCUGAAGAAAGAGCUCUCGUUUACUGUGUGUCUACACUACAAGUAUGCUAAUCUAGAUGAAGAGGUCAUGGAAGAGCAAAGAGUGACAGUAGGCAAACCUCUAGUGUCAAAACUCAACCUCCACGAGCCACGACUCUCUCCCGCUUCCUCCUCUGAACUGCAAAUGUCCAGUAUAAUGGAGUCUUCAUCCUUCAGUGAAAGCUUUAGAGCUAACCUGUCUGACUCAAACCUUUCCUACAUUGGAUCUCCAUCUACAUCCUGGUCCUACUGUCAGGGACCCAGGGAAUCACCCACAUACACUGGUUUAAAGAAUGAACCUGAGGAAACCAUAAGUUCAGAGUUUCUUGAGUCUGAAGAACCUCCCGCCAUCAAGAGUUUGCCUAGCGCUUCUUCUGAGGAACUCCCAUUUAAAUUUAGCAACUUACCAAAUUCCAUUUAGCAGGAAAGUGUUCAGUGCUGUGCGUCGGAUGCGUUACAAACUGUUACAGUUUGUGUACUGUAUAUAAUAUGUAUACAAUAUGUUACAGUGUAAUUUUUCCACUCUAUCUGCCAUAUGUUACAGAAGCCUAAAAAUGUAAUAUAAUUGAGAAAGUUGAUGUACUCUUACAGCUUACAGUAUUGUUUUGUUGGUAAAUCUACCAGUGCAUUAAAUUAUCUUAUUUUGGA